AAGAGUGAGAAUGCUAUAAACCGCUUCAUCAUCAUCGUCGUCUUCUUCUUAGUCUUCUCCUUCUUCAAACCAUGGCCGCUUCUUCUGUGAUUGGACUUUUAUUUGCUUGCUUCAUUACCUCUGCUUCUGCUACUUUCUUCCUAAGCAUCGACUGCGGAUCAAGCUCCAAAUCCUACACGGACAACAACAACAUCACAUGGGUGAACGACGGCGCUUACGUUCGCACCGGGACAACCGGCACCGCCACCGUGCCGUUGAAUCCGCCCAUGGCGGCCCUCCGCUACUUCCCGGCAGGCAAGAAGAAUUGCUACUCCAUUUCCGGCGUGCCCAAGGGCAGCAAAGUACUCGUGCGGGCAACGUUUUACUACGGAAACUACGACGGAUUGUCAUCGCCGCCGGCGUUCGACCUUCAGUUCGACGGCAACCACUGGGUAUCUGUGGAAACUAAACUGCGCGCCGUAAUAUUUGCAGAGACGAUAUACGCGACCAAGGGGGAGAAUAUCAGCAUCUGUCUUGCUCGGACGAGGCCUGGGCACGUGCCCUUCAUAUCUUCUCUGGAGUUGAGGCUUCUAGACCCCCAUGUGUACAUCUACCACGACUUCACCUCGUCUGCUCUGAUCACGAUGAGCCGGUGGGCCUUUGGGUUAUCAGAUGUUGUGAGGUAUCCAGAUGACAAUCCGUCUGACCGUCUUUGGUUGCCUGUUCUCGACGGCAAAGGCUUCACCAACCUAACCAACAGCGCGAGCAACAUCAAUAUAAGCCUCUACGACGACCCCCCUGCAGCCAUUUUCGCACACGCAGUAACACCAAAUGAAACUGAUCUAUCCUUAAUUGAAAUGCCUACGCCCACCGGAUCCGCAGCUGCCUCUUUUUACUUCACCCUCUACUUCUCUGAAGUCGGACGGAAUCUUACCCGAUCUUUUCACAUUGUCUUGGACAAGAAAAUCAUCUCGCCUGAGCCCAUCGUCCCUCCAUAUGGGCGUGCCGUUGAAUUCAACUGCACGAACUGCUUCAUGUCCCCGAAUUCUACCCUUCAGUUGGUUCGGACGAAUGGCUCUGCCCUCCCUCCUCUCAUCAACGGCUUUGAGCUCUACAAGAUCAGCCCGCAACUUUCCAGUGGAACAUAUGCCACUGAUGUGACGGCGUUGAUUCAACUUCAGAGCCACUACGAGCAGCUGCAGCCAUGGACUGGGGAUCCUUGCCUUCCAUUGGGAUUCAACUGGGAAUGGGUCACCUGCAGCACCAGCCAGCCGCCUCGAAUUACUGCAUUGUACCUGUCAGGAUUGGGACUGAAUGGCAGCCCCUUUAACUUCAGUGCCUUAAGUGCUCUUCAGAAAAUUGAUUUGCACAACAACAGCCUAAGCGGACCAAUUCCUGACUUCUUUGGCAAGUUUUCUUCAUUGACGGAGUUGAACCUGGCAGAUAACAACUUCAGUGGAAUCACACCACCUUCACUACGUAGGCCCUCUUUGAAGCUAAACAUUUCUGGCAACGCAUAUUUAGAUGUCUCUGAGAAAUCAAGCAAUGGGACUAGGAACCACACGGACCAGAAUUCAGGGGGUAACCUAUAUUGGAAAAGGAGCAGUACAAGUGUUUUAGCGUGGACUGUGCUCACUUUCUUCCUCAUGCUCAUCUUUCUCUGAAUGACAUAUACUCCUGUCCUGUUUGUGCUUCUGGUUUCUUACAACUCUGUUAGGUGCCUUUUUCUGCAAUAAAAUUUGUAUCUUUGUUGCCUUCCCAUUAUCUCCACAUUUAUGAACCAUGCGCAUUAUCAUGUUCCUCUUUAAUCUUCAGUUUUAGAUUGUGAAGAAUCGAAUCAGUCAUCCCUCACUCCCUUCAUGGCUGUAAAUGGUGACCACAGUGGACCACAAUCAGUUUAUUGCUUUUAUUUUGUUUUUUUUUCUCUAUGGUUGUUGUCUAUAUA